AUGAUUUUGCUUACAUUUCUUUUCACACACGCACUGAGUGCAAAAGUUCAAUAUUUCGAAGUCGCACCUGAUGUGAAAGUUGAUUGUGAUAUUGACACAAACUUUUAUAGACUAUCAAUUCGAUCUCCUCCAAAAGUUGGAACAUCUUAUCAGCCAAGAAACGUGACAGGAGUAGUGAGCUUCUUUGAAACAUUUACAAUUAAAAAAACAGAGUAUACUGUAUCUAGGAUUUUGGACUAUGCAUUUGCAAAUACCUCAGUAACAGAAAUUAUAAUUCCGAAAACAAUAUUUUAUAUUGGAGCAUCUGCUUUCGCAUAUUGUCCAAAACUUACACGUGUUGAUCUUUCAAAAUCUCCGCUAUACCAUCUUGCUCCAGGAAUUUUCAACAAUUCAUGGAAUUUAGAAGAAUUAAUCAUGCCAUCAACAAUAGUAUCGAUUAAUUCAUAUACAUUCGCAUCAAUUGCUAUAAGUUCGUUUACUAUUACCAAAAACAUUCGAUCCAUCGAAGGAAGUUCUUUUUCUAACUGUACAAAUCUCAAAAAUUUCGAAAUAUUAAGUACUAAUCGCUUUUUCAUUUUUGAAAAUGGAGUUAUAUAUUCAUAUUUCAGGAAAAAGUUAAUUUAUUCAGUUUGUACCAUCGAAAAACCUGUUCUCCAUCCAGAUGUACAAAUAAUUGGGUCUUAUUCAUUUGCCCAUUCAAAUGUUUACGUAGUUCAAGUACCAUCUUCUGUAGAAUCUAUCGAAAAUUACGCAUUUUAUGAAUGUCAUAAUCUUAGAGCAGUUAAGUUUUUCCAUUCCGCUCUUAAAACACUAGGCGAGUAUGUGUUUAUGAAUAGCGGUCUCAGAUACAUUACUUUGCCAAGAAUGUUGAAUCAAGUUGGCCAUCACUGCUUCUCUAUCCCUACACUGAAAGAUAUAGAUAUAAGUAUGACAAAUGUCACAAAGUUUCCAAGGCAUCUAUUCACUGGAGUGACGAAAAUGGAGAUUUUAGCGAUACCGGACGAAACUUUUAUUGUUGAUCCUCAAACGUUUUCCGGUAGCUCUAUCAAGAAGAUAUUUUACUGUGGAGUCUUUGAUGCUAAAUCUCUUCAGAUUCCAGAUACUAUCGAAGUUGUUUGUGAUAAAAAGUUACCAAUUGGUGACGAAAUUUAG